CUUGUGUGUUCAUGAGGACGCUCGAAUGAACGAAUGAAUGAAUGAUAUAAGCGUGAUCUACCGUGUGAGAGUCAGCUUGAUCAGCGGGCCGGCCCGGCGGAUUCCAGGACGAUGACCGCUGUCGAGCCUCAUCUGAGCCGUCUGCCUGAUGAUGUCGGACGGGAGCUCAAGCGGCACCUCUCGGUCGCCAGCUGCGGUGCGCUGCGAGCCACAUCAAAAUGUGGUGGCUGCCAUCUCAUCAGCGAGGACUACCUGACGCGCCGCCUCGACGAUGCCAUCCACAACAAGGACCUCAGCGGCGUGCUGGCCUACAAGAAGCCCCCCACGACGAGCCUGGCGUUUCUGCUGCAUUUCGCCACGGCCGUCUACAGCGGCCUGUCGGCGGGUCUUGCCAAGUUAUUCCCACUCAUCGUCUUGGUGUCUGUGAUGCUUCUCGACCUCCAUCCUGUGGUGGCCGCCACGUGCAAGGAGCCCACGGACGGGGCGGCGUGCGAGUGGCUGGCUUCUUGGGCUCGAUUCCUGUUGGCGAGUGGGGUAGUGAUUGGUGGCUGGUGGCUGCUUCCGGGCGGCUCCAUCUGGGACUCGUUCUUUGCCCUCCGCAAUACUGAUGCGGGCGCCCGGUUUUUCUGCGGCCGUGUGGGCUGUCUGGUGGUGGUGGUGGUGACAAGCAUUGUCGAUUGGAAGGAAUCGCUGGCCGACCACGUCAGGGGGAUCUUCAGCGGUGACCUGAACGGCGCGCUGGACCAUUGUGUGUCGAUUUCCGCGUCCUUCUAUGUUUCUGUCUUUGCGGCAGAAAUAGUCCUGAUACCAGUCGGCAACUGGGUGAGGAGAAUCAAGUCAGAGAUGCCGAUGGGCCAUGCGGAGUAUCUGUUGCGUCUGCUGCACGUCAUGGAGGAGGGCGGCUGCUGGGACCGGACUGUUCAGCUCAUCUAUUACCUCGAGAACAGCUGCAUCAUUCCCUCGCUGCCCAUUAUCAUCGCACCGGCUGACCUGCGACAAGUCGGCAGUCGGGCACUGUUUGACUCUCGGCCACCGGCAGUCCGCCAGCUCUCCCUUCUCAUCUACAAAUUGGUUCCGGGCCUCUCCCUGCAUGUCCAGCGUACCACCAACAGCCAAGACGAUUUGGCCGGCCAAGACGAUUUGGGAGAGUUGUUUGGGCCGCACCGGCAGGUGCUGACUUUCCUCCCCAUCGAGGCGCUGAUGCCAACGCAUCUUCCCUUCAGCUGCGCAGCAAGGGCGGCGGUGGUCAUGAAGGAGGGAAGUGAGCACCUUGCCGACGCCGCCAAAGGGACUGUUGUAGGCUGCCUUGGCCGGCAGGUAAUACGGUGCUGUAGCCAGCCAAAGAACGCACGCACGGCGCACAGACAUGUCGGUCAGUGUGACUGAUGGCACGGGUUUGUCAGGUCCGGGCGUUGGCUGCUUUGCCACCGGAGCAGCUGUCGAUGCGGAUCGAUGAGUUCAAGGGAUCCCUCAUUGGCAAUGCCGAUAUUCUCUCACGCCUACUGUCCGAGUUGCAAUGACGUACGUACGAGUGCGUCCGUCGCACCCGUGCCAUCUGACUGCUGUCCCCUGUCUGUCCGCAGGAGGAGGCUCGUGUGCUGGACGACAUGGCGACCUUGGCGGCGCUCGCCGAGCGACUCGAUGGCCAGCGGAGAAAGGCGCUCCUUGAGCUGCUUGGCGCUGGGGGAAAGCAAAAGGAUUCAGUGCUUGUCGCUCUCAGCCACAGCUCAAAUGUCAAGGUGAGAAAGGAAGGCAGCACAGAUUUGAUAUCGACUCGGAUCAGUGGCGACAAGGUGAUGUGCCGCGUCGUGUAGGUGAAGGAUGCGGCAGCUGCGCUGACAGCGACCCUCACGGAUGCGAUUGCCACCCUCUCCGUCUACCAAUCUGAUCCGCCCACCAAACGUGAGAGACCAAUCGAAAAAAGGCGGAGAAAAGACAGCACAUCACUCACCGUUUGCUCUUCUCGUGCGCCUGAUUGUCUCUCUGUCUCUAGGAGGCAAUGACAUCUACUCUUCGUUCACGGACUCCAUCCUAUAUCUCGCUUCCCAUGCGCCUACUGGGCCUCGCCCCUAUCAACUGACCCCUGACAGCGUCCUCUCGCCCUCUGAGCAGCGUCGACUCGCAGACAAGCUCAGAUUUGAGCUCACCUACAAUGUCGUGUGGGGAUGCCGCAAGGCGCACAAGGCUGACGGCAGAAGACCGGACGACCCGAACCGUGACAAUCGGGACGAAGCGAUAGUCAUUCUCUGUGGGGAUCGUACGGGUGACGACUUCGCUGCCUCUUUGUGGGUCGUGCGCCGCAAUUGCGGUCCCAUGACGGGCCAGACACUGGGGUUCGACAUCCGCACCACGGAGACCCCUACGGGAAGCAAGCGUUGCACACAGCAGUGCUUCCCUCGCACGGCAGCGCUCAUCCGCGACAAGCUGUAAGCAUAGGCCUCUCAAGCAAACAGACAGAACAGGU